GCUUCAACUUCACAUCGGGGUACUACAUCGGGAGACGCUCCUGUCACCACGAAAACCUUUCUCUAAAUCAUUAGGGAGACGGGAUAAGCGCUUACAGAUCCGCCAAUUGGCUUUUAAUCGAUGGAGCUAUUCGUGAGAGCACGCGAGCCGUUUAAGGUGAGGUCUCGUUAAAGAUAGCAGUUUGUGUGGGUUGCCGUCGGUUUCGGUGUAGUGAAAGUGACUGCACAGAUUAAAACCAGACCUGCCGAGCUUCAACUACAGCGUGUAGACCCGUGGAGAUAUCUCAAACAUCUUUUUCUGCAUCUCAGAGCGAGGAGACAGCCGGAUAAAGGUGACCGGACAGUUGACCUAACAAGUUUUUGUGAAGGAUUCUGGGGGGAACCGAAUUUAAAAAAUGCCUGUGGCAACAUCCAGCUCUGACUCCGCCAUGCAUCAGGCCCUGGACACACUGAGUGACAGCACGAGUUCCACGACUGCCAAUGACCUGGACCUUAUCUUCCUUAAAGGCAUCAUGGAGAGCCCAGUGGCCCAUGAGCAGUUUGAAGAACCCAAGCUGGAGGCAGUGAGGGAGAACAAUGUGGAGCUGGUCCAGGACAUCUUGAAGGAGCUGAGCCCACUCACACAGAGGAGCCAGGCAGCCGACGAGCUGGUCCGCAUCCUAAAGGAGCCUCACUUCCAGUCCCUGCUGGAGACCCAUGACUCAGUGGCUUCCAAAAACUAUGAAACUCCUCCCCCAAGUCCCUGCUCUUUCAUGGAUGCAGCCUUAAACAACCAGCCUGUUCCUCCAGAUGCAGUCAGGAUGGUGGGAAUCAGAAAAGUGGCUGGUGAGCACCUGGGAGUAACCUUUCGAGUAGAGAGUGGUGAGCUGGUCAUUGCAAGGAUCCUCCACGGUGGCAUGAUUGACCAGCAGGGUUUGCUUCACGUGGGUGACAUCAUCAAGGAAGUGAAUGGCAAGGAGGUUGGCAACGACCCCAAAGUGCUCCAGGAGAUGCUGAAAGAGGCAAGCGGCAGUGUGGUGCUGAAGAUCCUGCCCAGCUACCAGGAGCCACACACACCAAGACAGGCCUUCGUAAAGUGUCACUUUGACUACGAUCCAUCCCAUGAUAACUUGAUUCCCUGUAAGGAAGCUGGGCUGAGCUUCAACAGUGGUGACAUCCUGCAGAUUUUCAACCAGGAGGACCUCAACUGGUGGCAGGCCUGUCAUAUAGAAGGAGGCAGUGCAGGUCUGAUACCCAGUCAGCUGCUGGAGGAGAAGAGGAAAGCAUUUGUGAAGAGAGAUCUAGAGCUCACUACCACAGGUCCUCUAUGUGCAGGAAUGGGGGGCAAGAAGAAAAAGAAGAUGAUGUAUUUGACAACGAAGAAUGCAGAAUUCGAUCGCCACGAGUUGAGGAUAUAUGAAGAGGUCGCCAAAGUCCCGCCCUUCAGGAGGAAGACACUGGUUCUAAUUGGUGCCCAAGGGGUUGGCCGUCGCAGCCUGAAAAACAAGCUGCUGGUGUCUGAUCCCCAGCGAUAUGGAACUACUAUCCCCUUUACCUCCAGAAAACCAAAGGUGGACGAGCGGGACGGUCAGAUGUACUCUUUCAUGACCCGACAUGAAAUGGAGUGCGAUAUCAAAAAUGCUCGUUUCUUGGAGCAUGGCGAGUAUGAUGGUAACCUGUACGGCACUAAAAUCAACUCCAUACACGAGGUGAUAGAAAUUGGAAAGAUCUGCAUCCUGGACGUCAACCCACAGGCUCUCAAAGUGCUGCGGACGUCAGAGUUCCUGCCCUACGUCGUGUUCAUUGAAGCUCCAGAUUUUGAGGUUCUCAAAGCGAUGAAUAGGUCGGCUAUUGAGUCUGGAGUGGUCACGAAACAGUUAACAGACUCUGAGCUAAAGCGGACAGUGGAUGAGAGUGAACGCAUUAAGCGGGCUUAUGGACAUUACUUUGACCUCUGCAUCGUAAACGACGGCCUUGACGCAGCGUUCAGGAAUCUUCGGUUAGCACUGGAGAAACUGUUGACGGAGCAGCAGUGGGUUCCGGUCAGCUGGGUGUUCUGAGUGUUGACAAAAGUGUCACCAGAGGACGAUCAAACACUGGUAGCUCCAGAGGGACUUUUUCCAUGCAGUUAAUGUCGGUGGGCGUCUGUAGUGAAGGGUUGAGUGUCAUGAUUCAGUGCUAAUGACCAGCCUCAUGUAGAGCGUUUUUGUACAAACUUAGUGUUCCUCUGUUGAGCCUGUAUUUUAUUUUGAAGUUAUUUUAUUGCUAUCUGUUGAGGAGGAUUUAGAGUUGAUCCUAAGGUUUAGUGCAAUAGUGUGAGUGAGCGUGUGUGCGUUAUAAUCAACGUGAAAGUAGACUUAGAAAAGAAAAGAAUAUAUUUGGCAGGCAGCAGUGCUCUAUGAAGGAUAUUAAACUUUAUAGCCUUUCCUACUUUAUGUAGUGUAAUGUUUACAUUUGACUGGUAGGACGGAUUUGUUAAAGGAAAGAUACCAAAUGUCAUAUUUGUAUUAAAUUCUCUCUAUUUUACCAUGUUAUCUUAAAGUAUGAUUGUACAUGUCCAGAAAUGUGCUUUAUCUUGUAUGUCUUCACUCUUUUCCAAACUGAACAGCAAUAGAUAAUUUAAAACUAAAACAUAAAUGCAAUACAUGUACGCACACGCUCACAAGACACGGAUAAAUACUUCACACAAUGAGAACAUUUCUCAUUCAUCAAGUCUAAAAUCUGUUUCUUUUAAAUGUCAAUUAUUUGUUGUCUUUCGCCGGUGUUUGUUGGACAACGAAAGGAUCAAUCAUAUGGAUCAAAAAUGUCCAACAGCUGCCUGCUUGAUUCUGUUGGAGUUGUAUUUGUAGCACUGAGAACAUUUAAACUCUCAAAGAAAAACAAUAAAGAAAAACUGAAGAAGACGUAGCCUACAGUAUGCACUGAUUGUACAAUGAAGGCAAACAUUUUCCUUUUUAUUUCAGGUUGAUUGAAGCUUUGAUUUUUGGAUGUUAAAUAUUCAUCAGUGGCUUCAGAUUUAGAUUUACUUUUGCCUUAACGUGGUUUCAGAGCCAAGGAAACACUCAAUCACUGUUCCGUCUUAGAAAUAGGAAACAUAACACUGGUAACUUCUUAAAUAUAUACUCUAUUUUCCCUUAACGUGUAAGAAGAAGUGUACUGUAAUAAAGAUAAUAUAGUCUAACAUAGAGAAACACAUGGUGCUUUGAUGAUUCAACUGGUGUUUAGAUGACUACACUGUAGUUUGAUGUUCGUACAAAAAUCUAUUAAAAUUUAACAUGUUGAGAACAACGCUUCACUGUCUACAGUUAAUACUAAUUAUUUUAAAGUUUAAAUUACAGCUUUAUAAAAAAUAAAUUACCAUACUCAAACAUUGAGACUUAAGUUAAAAUGACGUGCAGGCUGUAGGUUCAUGGUGUAGCCUCUGUAGGUGUGGGUGGUUGUGGGUGCCGGCUGAGGAGGAUGAUGGAGUUGGUUGCAUCCAGUGAUGGGGUGCCAGUGGCAGCGUUAUCGGAUACAUCUCAUAGGCGGGUGG